AUGCCAUCCACAGGAUCCCACCGAGGCCAGCUUAUCCUUGUUGAGGGGCUUGACAGAUGCGGAAAAACCACGCAGACUACACGGCUUGUAGAAAAGCUAGCCUCGCAGGGCCACAAGGUGGAACUCGUGAAGUUCCCCGACCGAUCCACCCCGAUCGGGAAAUUGAUCAACACAUACCUAUGCGAUAAAGCAUUCCAGUUGAGUGACGAAGCGGCGCAUUUGCUCUUCAGUGCCAACCGAUGGGAGCUAGCCGCCACCAUCACCGAAACAUUGAACCAGGGCACGUUUGUAGUCUUGGACAGAUACGUCUACUCAGGAAUUGCCUAUUCCGCGGCCAAGGGGUUGGAUUUCGACUGGUGUGCUUCCCCUGAUAAAGGAUUACCUCAACCCGACUUGGUUAUUUUCCUUACCAUGAGCACGGAGAAGUUGAACCAGAGGAGUGGGUUUGGAGGAGAACGCUACGAGAUCAGCGAGUUUCAGGGCUUGGUGAAGGAGAAAUUUGACAAGUUUGCCGCGAUGGAGUCCAUGCGGAGCAUCUGGAAUGUCGUGAACGUGGAAGGGAAGAGCAUCGAGCAGGUGGGGAACGAUGUGUGGGGGUUGGUGGAAGGGUUGCUCCAAGGGACAUCCCAGCCAAUCCACAAGUUUUUGGCGUAA